UGCUUGGGCCUGACUGGAAUUGCAGGUGGCCAUGACAGUCUGUAAUUGUCUUGCAGGAGGAAUCUUUGAAUAUGCCGAUGGACCAAAUGCCCAGGUAAUGAACGCCGAGGAACAAGCAUUCCGAUUCUCAGCCAACAUCAUCAACCGGAAUAGGACUUUGUUACCCAACACAACCUUAACCUAUGAUAUCCAGAGGAUACAUUUCCACGAUAGCUUUGAAGCCACUAAGAAAGCCUGUGACCAGCUUGCCCUGGGCGUUGUAGCCAUUUUUGGGCCUUCUCAGGGCUCAUGCACCAAUGCGGUCCAGUCCAUCUGCAAUGCACUGGAAGUUCCUCACAUACAGCUGCGGUGGAAGCAUCACCCUUUGGACAAUAAGGACACCUUUUAUGUCAAUCUCUACCCGGAUUAUGCCUCUCUCAGCCAUGCCAUCUUGGACCUUGUACAGUAUCUGAAGUGGCGGUCGGCCACUGUGGUGUACGAUGAUAGCACAGGCGGCAGGAAAUUCCGGAUCAUCUUUGACUGCACCCACACAAUGGCUGUGCAUAUCCUCAAGCAGGCCAUGGCGAUGGGGAUGAUGACAGAAUACUACCAUUUCAUCUUCACCACACUGGAUCUGUAUGCACUCGAUCUUGAGCAAUAUCGCUACUCUGGAGUAAACCUGACUGGCUUCCGCAUCUUGAACGUGGAGAAUCCCCAUGUGUCUGCCGUAAUUGAUAAGUGGUCCAUGGAGAGGUUGCAGACGGCCGCCAAACCUGAACCUGGAUUAAUCGCAGGGGUCAUGAUGACAGACGCUGCCCUGUUGUAUGAUGCCGUCCACAUAGUCUCUGUGUGUUACCAACGGGCCCCUCAGAUGACGGUCAACUCACUUCAGUGCCAUCGACACAAAGCCUGGCGAUUUGGUGGGCGCUUUAUGAAUUUUAUCAAAGAGGCACAGUGGGAGGGCUUAACGGGACGAAUUGCCUUCAACAAAACCAGCGGGCUCAGAACUGACUUUGACUUGGACAUCAUCAGCCUCAAGGAAGAUGGGCUGGAAAAGAUUGGAGUGUGGAGCCCCUCAGAUGGGCUGAACAUCACUGAAAUUGCCCGGAGGCAGGGGCCCAACGUGACGGAUUCCCUGACCAAUCGAUCUUUGGUGGUCACCACAGUUCUGGAAGAGCCAUUUGUCAUGUUUGCAAAGUCGGACACGGUUCUGUCUGGGAACAGGCGCUUUGAAGGCUACUGCGUGGACCUCCUCUCGGAAGUCUCCCGCAUCCUUGGCUUCUCCUAUGAGAUUCGACUGGUGGAGGAUGGGAAGUACGGAGCCCAAGAUGAGAAGGGCCAGUGGAACGGCAUGAUAAAGGAACUGAUUGACCACAAAGCUGACCUGGCAGUUGCUCCCCUCACCAUCACCCACGUCCGUGAGAAAGUGAUCGACUUCUCCAAGCCCUUCAUGACUCUUGGGAUCAGCAUUCUCUACCGAAAGGCCAAUGGAACCAACCCCAGUGUCUUCUCCUUCCUGAACCCAUUGUCUCCUGACAUUUGGAUGUACAUCCUCCUUGCUUACCUGGGAGUUAGCUGUGUGCUUUUUGUGAUUGCCAGGUUCAGCCCUUACGAAUGGUAUGAUGCUCAUCCAUGCAACCCUGGGUCAGACAUUGUCGAGAACAACUUCACUCUCCUCAACAGUUUCUGGUUUGGAAUGGGAGCCCUGAUGCAGCAAGGCUCCGAGCUGAUGCCCAAAGCUCUGUCCACUCGGAUCAUUGGGGGAAUUUGGUGGUUUUUCACCCUCAUAAUCAUCUCUUCCUACACGGCCAACUUAGCUGCCUUCUUGACGGUGGAGAGGAUGGAAUCCCCCAUUGGCUCCGCAGAUGAUUUGGCCAAGCAGACCAAAAUCGAAUAUGGAGCAGUCAAGGACGGAGCCACCAUGGUCUUCUUCAAGAAAUCCAAGAUCUCUACUUUUGAAAAAAUGUGGGCCUUCAUGAGCAGCAAACCCUCAGCUCUUGUGAAGAACAACGAAGAAGGGAUCCAGCGUGCCCUGACUUCUGAUUAUGCCCUGCUGAUGGAAUCCACCACCAUUGAGUACAUCACCCAACGAAACUGCAACCUAACCCAGAUUGGGGGACUGAUUGAUUCCAAGGGCUAUGGGAUUGGCACUCCCAUGGGCCGUAUCCGAACACAGCGGUCCUUCUGCAGCGCCAUGGCUGAGGAGAUUCGGCUGUCCCUCACCUGCCAGCAACGCACGAAGCACAAAGCCCAGCCUCCCCUCAUGGUGAAGACUGACGCCGUCAUCAACAUGCACACGUUCAACAACCGGCGGCUUCCCAGCAAAGACAACCUGGCCUGUAACACGGGGUUGACCCCAGCCUUCCCCUAGCCAGCAGAAGGGUGAGGACUGGGGCACCGAGGAAAAUG